AGGCCAGGCCAGAGUCAGUCCCACCCAGGCCCCCUUUCCAGAAUCUAGGCUCCCAGGGACACUGGCAUUUUUCCUGGGGCUGCAGAGCCUCAGCCUCCAGCGGCAAGGACCUCCAGGAGAGUCUGUAAUGGUUUCCUCACAGUCAACGUCAGGAUGGUGGGGCAUCACUGCUCUGAGAAGGCUGGAAUCUGACCCUCGUGGCAUUGGGCCCAGUCUCCAUGGCAGCAGGGGAUUUAUUACCAGGCCUCCACCCAGCCUGGUGGACUUUCGACUCCAAGCCAGAGGAAAGAGAACCAAACACGGAACAAGGGGUGCCUGAAGAUGAGUACAAAGAAUGCUUCUCCCUGUAUGACAAGCAGCAAAGAGGGAAGAUUAAGGCCACAGAUCUUCUGGUGUCCAUGAGGUGCCUGGGGGCCAGCCCCACGCCUGGGGAAGUGCAGCGGCACCUGCAGACUCAUGGGAUUGACAAACAUGGAGAGCUGGAUUUCUCUACCUUCCUGACCAUUAUGCACACGCAAAUCAAACAAGAAGACCCAAAGAAAGAAAUCCUUUUGGCCAUGCUGAUGGCAGACAAGGAGAAGAAAGGUUACAUCAUGGCAUCUGAGUUGCGGUCAAAACUCAUGAAGCUGGGAGAGAAGCUCACUCACAAAGAAGUGGACGAUCUUUUCAAGGAAGCAGGCAUCGAACCAAACGGCCAAGUGAAAUAUGACACAUUUAUCCAAAGGAUCACCCUUCCUGUCCAAGACUACUGAGGGAGCUGAGAUCCAGGGAGCGGAGUAUGAGAGCUCCAGGGCCUGAAAACCCAAACUGAUUCAUUUUUUAAAAGGGAAAUCUAAGAUGGCAAACAUGACAAGAAGACCACGCGGCACAACUGCUGCAGGGACUAAGUACCAAUAAAUGAUGCCGCCAUGGUAUGACGCACCUGUAA